CUGAUAUAUAAAACCUCGUUUUCGAUUCAGCCUACACUCAUACGAAAGAUAACACAAUCGGCACCUCGAUCACUUUACAGACAAGUCUAAAAUGGCUCUCUCAGCGGAUGACACCAGCAAAGCAUGCUGUGAACCCGAUGAAGCGACAAAGGGAUUUUAUUUUCAACAAACAAUGAUGCGAAUCAAAGAUCCAAAAGCUUCCCUGGAAUUCUACACCAAAGUGAUGGGAAUGAGCCUACUGAAGAAAAUGGAUUUUGAGAGUAUGAAUUUUUCUCUAUAUUUUGUGGCCUAUGUUCCAUCCAAAGACAUUCCAGAUGAUGAAAAGGCUAAGACAAAGUUUUGUUUUGAUCAGAAAGCAACGUUAGAACUAACACAUAACUGGGGGACAGAAAAGGAUCCUGAUUUCUCUUACCACAAUGGUAAUUCCGAACCAAGAGGAUUUGGUCAUAUUGGAAUGGUGGUACCAGACGUUGAUGCAGCAUGCAAGCGCUUUGAAGAGUUAGGGGUGAAAUUUAUAAAGAAACCAAAUGACGGGAAGAUGAAAGGGUUGGCAUUUAUCCAGGACCCAGAUGGUUACUGGAUCGAGAUCCUUAACCCAAACAACAUGGCAGGUUAGAAAGGCGAUCCGGAGUAACUCUACAUCAGUAAUGCCACCAACUCCUUUCAGAGAGAGAGAGGCGCUCAUUAUCCAGUACCUACAAUGCCCUUUUAUCAAGAUUUCCAUUUACUUCCAUUAUUUUCAUGUCAUUAUAUUUUGACAGGAGUAGAAUUAUAAUCGUAUACCGGCUCCUUGUUUAAUGACUACUUGUAACUGAUAUACAUGUGUUUACUGGUAAUAGAUACAAGUGAACCUAUAUAGAAUCAAACACAUUUGUUAUAAAACUUUCCAUUGGGGAAAUAACUUAACUGUAAAGCUAUAACAGGCUGAAUGACGCAUACAUUAUAUAUGGUAUAAUUCCUAGUCAUUGUCAUGAAGAAUAAUGACAGUUGUUCCUGUCAAACCAAAUAAAUUGAUUUGAUUUAAAAUAUUUAUUUUUAAUCUGAAAAGAAGAGUAUUAUGAAACAGUGUGUUUAUAAUGCGGGUAAGCUGGUUGUAUUGUAUGAUAUACAGGCUGUGCCUGCAGGAUGCUGUCAUGCAAGAUGUGCAUGCAAUUGAUCUAUGCAAAGUUUCGCUUAUCUCCCUUACAUGUUUGUUGUGUAUAAAAAGGAAUCUGCCAUAGUAUGUUUCCAAUGUCCAUGCUAGUAUUAUUGUAAACAGAUUGAAAGAAUAUAUCAUUUUAAUCUACAUUCAUGUAGAUUGUAAGAAACUAUAUCCUGUAUAACUGUGUUCCUCUUUGAUAAAUAUCCAAGACUGAGAUAGCGUUUUUUGGUUCAGAGAUAAAAAUCUGAAAGUUUUAUUUAUUUAAUCAGUUAAUGUAUACUCCAGUGUGAAUAAAAGAGCUUUAAUGAUCAUGUAUUACCUGUGCACCUGUUUUAUGGGUAUGCUGUAUUUUGCUAGAUGAUUAUUUAGUGAUGCACUGUUAUGUGUGGACUAUUUAUAAAUGAAUAUGAAGAUUGUUCAGAUCAUGUUCUGCUAUUAAAUGUUAAAAUGGCAUAGGUGUAAUUAAGUUAUGAGUAUAUUAAUUAUGUGGGUUUUUUUGUGUGUUUCUUUGUUGUUGAUUUGAGUAGAUGUACACCACAUUUUCGCUAAUUCACCCACUUUGAUUUCUGAAAAAAUCAUCUGAUUUAAAGAAUGACUCGAUGAAUGUAUUGGUCUUCAAAUCAGUACUCAUCUCAAGAUAAAUGAUACACCUAAACCUCUUUAAGUGUACUCAAAUGAUCAACUUUGGGAAUUACUAGAGUGUUCACAAUGUAACAAUAUGUAUUGUUCAAAUUCGAUAUAGAUUAUAUGAGCAGACUUUUCCCCAGUGUUUUUAGCUCAAAAUGUUACCUGUACAAUUUACAUAGGUGUGUAAAACAGUUGUUUUUAGUGUAGGCAGCAUGCAUACAAAGCCAAAAGCCGAGUAUCCUCUGGCCCUAACACCAGACUUAAAAGUUUUGACAUACAGAUAUAUAUGUCAAAAUGUUCAAGUCUGGUGUAAGGGCUAGAGGAUACUUGGGCUAACAAUGCCAAAAGAGUGUUCCUGUUAAGUCAAAACAGUUACCAUGUGUAAACCUUCACAAGAAGGUGGAUCACAUGUUGACACUUUUAAAUGUAUUGUGGAUACCAAUGCAGACAACUCCUGUAUAUGAAUCGUUACUUGUAAUUGUACCAGUGUGUCUCCUAUUAUGUAACCCUAUUCCAUCCUAGUCUUUUCCUUUAAAUAGUUUUUAAAUAUAUAACACAAGUGCUAAAACUGUUGGAAUUUAAAGCCUUUCAAGAAUUCCGUUGUAUUUAUUCUGACUAAACUUUUAAGUGAUGUUUUGUGUUCAGCAUUGUUUUGUUAACACUAUUAUACAUGUACUUCAAUUAAUGAUUUUAUUCAAAAAGUAUCAUAUAUAUUUUCGUAUACCAGAUACUGACAAAACCUCUUUGUCAAAAUAAAAACUGUAUACAUUUU